AGAGCAUUUAGCUUCCGCUUUUAACUUCCCGCAUCAUUGAAGACUCAGAACCAUGCUGCGCUGUGUGGCUGUUCUGCUUGUGGCAGCGCAGGGUGCCGUGAUAGGACGCGACACGCCAGUGCAAGCGGUGCCCGGACAGGCCCAGGUUCCUCCCUUGACACCUGCGGUCCGCUUGGCCGAGCUGCUGCGCCAAGCGCGUCCCUCGGUGCUGCUGCAGCACUUGAUCAAAGCUGAUCCGCGUGAGGACAAGGACUUGCCGGUGGUGCACGUGGGGCCGACCACGGAUGCAGACAUCGACAAGAUGGUGAAGAAGGAGCAGGGCAAGGCAUGGCAGAGCGUGGGCACCAUGGCAAUGGUCUUCGUGAUCUACAUCGCCACGGUUGUUGGCCUGGCUUUCAUCUACACCAAGCUCUGGAAAGAUCCGGAGAUCGAUGUGCAGGCAGAAGAACCGGUGGACCACUUCGAGCAUGGUGCCUUCUCUUGCCUGGAGGACAUGCACGUGUGCUUCCUCGCCUUGUGCUGCAUGCCGUGCCGCUGGGCGGACACCAUGAACGCGGCCGGGCUGCUGGGCUUCUGGUCCGCGCUGAUGCUCUUCCUGGUCGUGAGCUUCUUCAGGAGCUGGGCCCAGGAGUACGACCCCGUGCUGGGCUUGAUUGCAUGGCUGGCCGGCGUGGCAGUCUUCGUGUACUACCGGCAGCAACUGCGAAGGGUCUUUUCCAUCAAGAACGACACCAUGGACCAGGUCAAGGACGUCGGGCUCUGGAUGUGCUGCUGCUGGUGCGCUGCGGCGCAGGAAGCGCGCCAGGUGCGGCAGACCAAGAAGAUGGAGGUCUGAAGGCCUACCACAACAACCUGAGGAGGACGAAAUGUCUGCCGGAUGAUGCUUCCGAGCGGGUGAAAAUGGGUGG